CGAUACAGUUAUACGAGAUCAACCAAACACACCUAAAAAGAGGUCCAAUGAACUUCCCUCAUUGCUUGGCAAAAUAUCACUGCUCCCGCCCUUCUAGAAUAACCCAGAUCUAUGGGUCGGGUUUGGACAACCCAUAUACUGCAGAUGGGCUUUGGUCACUGGACUCCGUGCGGCCCGUAAGAAACACGUGGGCUCACACUUGCUGCAACAUCCCGCUACAGCCCAAAAGACCCAAUUCUUCCUCUUCCCCUCUCUCUCUCCUCCCGAACCCAAACCAAACCACACCUCUCUCUCUCUCUCCCCCCAUCUACCCCUUCCCUCCCAAAUUCCCCCUCGAUCCCGCGCUCCAUUUCGAACCCCCACCCCAAUCACACAUCUCCGCCGCAAUGCCGCCCGCGCGCCGCCGCCGCCGCAAUGCCGCCCCAGCCGGCGCCGACGAAUCCGUCCCCUCCUCCGCCGCCGACCUCCUCGCCCUCGCCGCCACCCUCAUCCCAGCUGCCACCACCGCCUCCGCCCUCAAAGCCCCUCCCCAACUCAAGCAACUCGUCCACUCCCUCCCCGCCAACCACCCGCUCCUACUCUCACUCCCCCAAGCCCUAGCCCUCGGAAUCUCCUCCCACCCCGCCUCCGGCUCCAGCUCCGACCCGCCUCCGCCCCCGCGCUCCGCCGCCGUCCUCCUCCACCUCCUCCUCACCCACCCCUCACACCCGCCGCGCUGGGACAACCUCCUCCGCCCGCUCGCUCUCCUCCACGACCGCCUCGCGGUCCUCGCCACCGCCGAUGCGCCGCUGGCCGCGCUCGCAGUCACCUGCUUCGGGCUCGCCUGGCGCGCCGACGCGCCGGGCCGCGACGCGCUCGUCGCGCAGACGCUGCCCUACCUCGUCGCCCUAGUGCUCACUGCCGGCUCCAGCGCCAGGCCGGUCCUCCGCCGCCUCUUCGCGUUCCGCGACGCGCUGCCGCUGCUUGACUACGCCGACGAGAGCAUCUCAGACUUCAAGAUGCUCCUGCUGCGCUGCUUCGUGUCGCCGCUGUUUCUCAAGGCCGAGGAAGGGAGGAAGUUCCUGGCGCUCGUGCUCGGCGUCAGCGAGGGUAUCGCCAGGGAGGGGCUGGAGCUCGUGAGGGCGCAGGUGGGGAUGACGGGGGUGAAGCGCGCGGCGCUGGUGGCCUACGGGGAGGUCGUGUUCAGGGCGUGGAAGGACGGGGGCUGGGUUAAGGGGGAGGUUGGGGAGGGAUUCCUGCAGGGCAUGAUGGAGGCCGCAGUGCACGCCGGGAGCAAGGAGGUGGCCAAGGCGGCCAGGAAAAUCCUAUGGGCGUUUGUGGAACAGAGGGCGGUUGCUGGGGUUGAAAAGUUGGUGUUCCGGCUUGCCGAACCUGUGCUAUUCCGAUCGUUGCAGGUUGCGAACUCCAAUGUUCGCCAUAAUGCUUUGCAUCUUCUGUUAGAUCUGUUUCCCCUUGAAGAUCCAGAUGUGACAAAGGAUGUUAAUGAUCCUCUACUAGAGAAGCAGUUCUUCUUGAUAGACAAGCUCCUCAUGGAUGACUACCCAGAAAUACGAGCAGUUGCAGUUGAAGGAAUCUGUCGUAUUCUUAACCAAUAUUGGGAAGUUGUACCUUCUCUAACUAUUUCAAAAUUUCUGAGUAAAAUUGUUGAUGACAUGUCCAAGGAUUCUUGCAAUGAGGUUCGGCUGUCAACACUAAAUGGUCUCAUAUACUUGCUCGACAAUCCACAAAGUCAUGAAAUACUGAAAGUUCUACUCCCAAGAUUAAGCGAUAUGGUCUCAGAUACUGCUCUGUAUGUCAGAGUUGCAGCUGUUGAUCUUCUUUUAGCUAUUCGUAAUCUUCGAUCUUUCCAAUACAAUAAGGUUGUUGGCCUGGGUACUUUAUUAUCUUCACUUGCAAAUGAUCAUUCCCGUGUUGCUCAAAAAAUCACAAAGCUUCUCAUUCCUUCUUAUUUUCCAUCAAAGCUGACUCCAAAAGAAGCAUGUGCUCGCUGCAUUGCACUAAUAAAGAGGUCACCUACAGCUGGGGCAAGGUUUUGUGAAUUUGCACUGUCUGAAGGGUCAUCCCCAAGGUCUAUUGUUGAGCUAAUCAAAUUCUCUAUUACUCUGGCAUUGUCACGAACAGGACUUAACUCAGAGCAGAUUGAUGGUCUUAUAAUUGCUUCGGUCAAUCUUAUUAAGAGCUUAUCUGAUGAGCGCUCUAGUUUGACUGCUUUGAGAGAAUUCUUUGCAAAUGCGAAGUUAAGGUUGGUCCUUAAAACUGUUGUUUCUGACGGUGCCCGGGCUGCUAUUCUUUGUAUCACUCCAGUUAUUUUACCUGAUGAUCUAUAUGUGCUUCACGAGGAAUGCAUGGAUAUAGUUAUGAAUGCUCCUAGAAUUUCAAAGCAAGAAGAAUGUCAGGAAGCUGUGUUGGCAGCACAUAAGUUGAUAGUUUUGAGUGGCUGGUCUGAUGAACUGUUUGAAGCACUGACAAAUAUUCUACAAUAUAAAGCCUCUGAUUUCGCUGAGAUCUAUGGACUUGAACCUCCUUUGUGUCCUGUUGCAUCUUCAAGGAGGAAGAAAGGGAAGUCACUUAAGAAAACACCAGCACCUGACCAUGUUGGAAAGGGGUCAUCCAAAUCAAAAAUCAGCGAUGAAGAACUUGCUGUUGCAGCGGGGGCAGCAUGGCAAAUCAAUGAGAUACUAAAAGCUGAGGAAAUGAGAGAUGACUUUCUGCAAUCUUCUUAUUCAGAAAUUGCAUUUUCGUCCCUGAAGAUCAUUUCUCAUGUGUACAUCGAGCAGUGCCCAUAUUUGGACUCUUUAGACCUUACGCCUGUGUUGGCCUAUUUGAGUCUGGCUACAUAUAGUACUCUUCCAAAUGUUGAUCAAACUGGUAUAAGCUGCUCUGAGUCAUCAACUGCCAGUCAGUCACUGGAUCGUCUGCUGAAUAGUUUUGACAAACUCCUAAAUGGACAUGUUAAGAAUCCACCAUCGAAGUUGAACCAGAAUGGCAAAGCUUCACGGCAGAAACAACAGCAGAAAGAAGCAUCUGAAGGAAAUGCAGUGAAAGGCACAGUUAAUGUGAUUAUGCUGGGCACUUCAAUUCUCAAGUUUAUCGUUGACACAACCACCAUCAAGCUGGUCAACGAUGAUAAAGUAAGAUGCCUCAAAUUCGCAUCAUCCUACACAAAAUAUGCAGUAUCAUCCAUAAAAAAGCAUCAAGAACAGAAUUCAUCUUUCAAGGGGGAUGAUCUAAAGGAUGCACUGAUGCUUAUACGAAGCUCCUUCACAUACGCGGCCAAGCUACUUCAUUUGGUGCUAGGAAGCUCGACUGAGUUGUCGAGUCCUCCAGAGGAGGCUUUCUUCCUUGCCAAUAAUCUGCUUGAUCUAAUACCCUCUGUCGAGUCCUUCACAGGCUCAAAAUUUGCACUGAGCUUCGUUUCUGCUCUGAAGCAAUGGCUACCUGUUCUCAUACUGGGUCUUGUAUGCCGCUGGCUGAUCGGAUCACAAGAUGAUAUGGCUGCCAACGUCUGCCACUUCGGUGAAUCUAGCUUGCCACUGUGGGUCACUGCCGUGUCAAAGAACGAGCUGCUUGAUGCUGAAGAGCCGAGCAAGGAUGACCAAAGUGAGCAGGCUGGAGAGCGUGAGGACUCACCAUCAUCCAGGAAGCUGGCUGAAAUGAUGGUGAUCCUCCUGAAGAAAGGAAGCCCCAGAAUCCUUGACUCUGUGGGCGGAGUCCUCCUGUCCACCCUCCAGUUGGCGCUGCAGAGAUCGGAGUACGGCAUCGUCUUGGGCAUGACUCGUUUCGUUUGUGCCAGGUUGCUCGGGAAUGACUCCUCGGCGUUGGAUAAGCUGCAGCUUACCCGGGACUCUCUUCGUGAGAAUUUCUUUGAGAUUGAUAGGUAUGUCAGGGACGAGCUUGCUGAUGACGAUGAUUCGAGGCAGCAACUGGAGAGCACAAAGGUGCUGAUAAGAUCAGUUCUCACUGAUGUUUGA